AAUCCCGUGCAGUCUCUGUUUAAAACUCGAUUUGCUUCUCAAGUUCUUUAUUUCCCAAAUUUUAUUUACGGAAAAGAAUCAACCUUCUGGUGAAUAGCCAUGAAUUUGCUGCCUUUAUUGUUGCUCUUACUGCUCGUCACUUGGCAUCCGCUGAAGACUGAGGCAGCGAAUAUACUGUGCCUCGUGGGCACUGCACGUCACAAUAAUCCCGGCUGGACACAGGCGCUCUUCGAGGCGCUGGCUGAACGCGGCCACAGCCUCACCGUGCUGAGCACUGCUCCAGCUCCAAAGCAGAAAGUGAAAGGCAUAACAGUGUUCCCGCUGCCCAACGAUUAUGAUGUGGUGUACAAGUACUUUGUCAGCCGCACAUCCUCUUAUAGCUCGGUUUUCACUGCACAGCAAAUGUUUGUCUGGCACGACGUACCUUUGGGCAGCUGCCGUUCGGUGUUGGAGUCACCAAUGCUGGCCAAGCUGCGUGCCCAGCUAAUCGACGAGGUGGCCGAUCAAGAUCUGAUUAUCUCCGAUGCCACCAAUGGCAUAGAGUGCCUGCUGCCGCUGGUGCCCAAGGCUCGUUCUAUUCCCAUUCUGGGCGUGAGUGGCGGCAAGCUGACGUCGACUCUAUUGAAGUUGGUGCGGGCUGAGGACACCAUCAAUGUGGCAAGGGUUCCACAUCCCAUAAGCCAGCUGCCGGAACAAAUGGACUUUGUGGGGCGCUGGCAAAACUGCGGCUUGUAUUUGCUGGAGAAAUUACUUUCCUGGUCCGAUAUUUUUACCAUUACCAGGGGCGCAGUGGCACGCAAGGAUUAUGUCUAUCCACCACUGAAGUUGAUGCUGCUGAACACCCACUCCACACUGGAUUACGCACAGAAUCUCCCAGCCAGCGUGAUCGAAGUGGGAGGCCUUCACAUUUGGCCCAAAUCGAGGCCUCUGCCAGCUAACAUCCAAAAAUUCGUGGAUAAAUUCAUCAAUGCGAUAGUCUACCUUAAUUUCCCCCACAUUGAUCUGUUCUUUGGUAUUGGGACCAAGGCUGUGUUGAAAAUGGCCCAGCGGCAUCCCACCUAUGGCUUCAUUUGGAAUGUGGAGAAUGUCAAGGAGCUGCCCGAGAAGAGGAACAACAUUUUGACGCUGCAUGUGGAUGCCAGACUGCAGCAGGAUAUUCUAGCCCAAUCCGGUGUGAAGUGCUUCCUCAAUCAUGGCGACAGUUUCAGCCUCCAAGAGGCAGUCCACCAUGCCGUGCCCGUGCUGGUUAUUCCACUGAUACUUGAACAAUUUAAUAACGCUCUGCGCAUCCAAGAACGCAAUCUUGGAGUCAUUCUACCGACCAACACUUUCUUUGAGCUGACCAUGUCCAGAACCCUCAAGCGUGUCCUCAAUAAUCAGACGAUCUACGCUGCUGUCUCCCAGGCUCAAGUUAAAUUCCGUACACGUCCGAUGCCACCGCUGGAUCAGGCCGUGUGGCAUGUGGAACAUCUGAUCACCGAACCCGAACUCUAUAGCCAGCUGGCCAGACCAUCCGUCAACUUUGUGGUGUCCCACUCGCUGGAUAUUUUGGCCAUUCCAGCCUUAGCUCUGCUGAUAUUCCAGUUGAUACAAUCCAACGACGAGUCCCUGAAAUCACAUCCCCAGAAGCGUGUACACUAUACUCGCGAAAAUAAUGGCAAUGAGAUCCCUUAUGCGACCUGGGAAGACAAUGCCACACACACUGGCAAUGUGACUCGCUCGCCAGAAGAGAAUUCUUCAGAUAUUGAUGAAACAUUGGGGCAGCGCGUGAAGAGUCGCCUGGAGAAGAAGACGGACUAAAUACUUAACACAUUGAUUGAUCUUUAACUAUUGUAUAUUCCAAGAACAA